AAGCAACACAACAGUCAGUUUAGCAUUUUGGAAAGAAAAUAACGACAAGAAGAAAAUGAUUUCAAACAUUGUUUUUCUCAUCAGUCUGUUCCUGUUUGGAAUGGAAGUGGAAUCUCAGACAGUGGCUAAACAGGUUAGUUACACCGUACAUUUUUUAAAAAUUUUUGUCCAGUUUUAAAUAAUUUAGUUAUACACAAAAAACAACGAGGGCAACUACUAUCUGUACUGAAGUUGGCUUGCCCAUUAAGCAAUCGGGGGGUGAAAAUAAUAGUCUAUAGCUGUGAAACUAAAAAUUUGCAAUUUCAAAAUUUGAUGGAAACCCUAACACGUAGCUGUGUUUCGGGUCAACUAGGACACAGUGUUUAGGCUGAUUAUGCGCAGAUUUAGCACAAAAUACUCAGUUGGUCUGCGCGAAAUUUUUAUCUCCAGGUUACUCCCAUGCAACCAUACGACUUUCAUAUAUAUAUAUAUAUAUAUAUGUAUAUAUAUAUAUAUAUAUAUAUAUAUAUAUAUAUAUAUAUAUAUAUAUAUAUAUAUAUAUAUAUAUAUAUAUAUAUAUAUAUAUAUAUAUUAAACCUAUAAACAACAUAUUUUUAUUUAUAUGUACAUGUGUGGAAACACAGUAAAGUACAUGGGUUCAGCAUUAUCAUACACAAUCAUUCAAAAUACAUUCUCUCUAGCUGGAAAUUACUCCUCGAAGUUGUCUGGACUAUCUCAAAAGAGGUUUCAAAUCAGAUGGUUAUUAUACCAUUUAUGACUUCAAGACCGACGACCGUAUUACAGUUUACUGUGAUAUGACUUCAGAAGCUGGUUCAGCCUGGACUUUAGUGAUGUCCUACGCCUUGAAGAGCAGACAUAUGGAUCAGAUCGCCAGGAAAUCAAUGCCACAAGACACUCCUGUGAACGAGCACUCGCCUAACUGGAACCUCUACCGCAUGGGUCUCUCUCAAAUGACUCAUCUCAAGUCUCAGUCAACCCACUGGAGAACAACCUGCACCUUUUCAACUUACAAAGUUGACUACACUGAUUACGUCAGAGCAAAGUUCGCAGACUUUGACAUUAUGACAUUUCUGGGUUCUGGUAUUUGUAAGAAAGUUGAGUAUGUAAAUAUUCGUGGUCAUCAAUGUGCACAAUGUACCUCAAGAUGGUGGCAACAAAACAGUCGAUACGCCCCCCACAUUGAUAGCCGUUCCAAUGGCUGUCAGUUUGUUCCCACUCAAGGUUCUGUUACGACCGAGAAUAAUUUUGGUUAUUAUACUGAAGCCUACAACAAAAAAUUUCGUUGCAGUGCUGGUCCCCUUUCUACAACCAACUGGUGGUUUGGUGGAUACUUGUAAUCAUCUUGCUAGUUCAGAUUUAAGUUGCGUUGUUUGGUUUUCUAAGAAACGUUUGUAGAAUGUAAUUAUAGUUUGCUUAAUAUUACUUCAGUUUAUAUCAUAUUGUACUGCAAAAUGUAUCACCACAAUAAAGUUUAUUGCAUAUUCAUAAGCUACAUUGUUUGUGUGUUU